UUCAGCGUCUGAGUCAGACUGUAUUGUAAACAAUCUGCCAGAUAAAUCAAAAAAAUCAAGAAAAAGAACUCUUUUUAAUUUAAAUGAAAGCAUUGACAGCACAACCAGCAGUACUCAAAUAUCUCCUAUCAAAGUAUAUAAGGCAAAUGUUGGAGUUGGAGACGAUACUUCAGUUUCCAGCAAUGCCAAAAAUACUACAUUAACAAAUUAUUCAUCAGCGGAUGCUGAAAUAUUUCAAUCAAUAACAAGUGCUUUGACACAUGUAUAUGAUAAUGAUGGUCAUGGUGAAUUGUCAAUAGAACCAAGACAAGAAUUGUUCCCUGCAUGUACUUUUUCAGUUGAUCAAAUAUCAAAUGAUAAUAACAACCAAUAUAUUACUACAGAACAAAAUGAUCUGAAUAAAUUAAUGUUGGAAAAAAUUACAACUAUACUAGCAUAUGUCAAGAGAAUUGAUGGGAAACUUGAUGCAAUGGGAUGCAACUUAAAUACAAGUUAUUCAAGAACGAGUGUGGAAAAUAAUUUUUUAAGUCUUUUUCCUAUGAAAACAGUUGAAUCCCUAGAAGAAAUUGAAAGUAAACUUAUAUUGGACUCUGUAUUUGAAGAAAAAUUGAUCGAUUGUGUUACCCAAAUUGGCGGAACAAACAUUCAUAAUUUCACUAAAAGAGUCUAUAGUAGACUUUUUACAAACCAAUUGGCAACUUCAUACUCGUGGACUGGGUUCAGAAAUAACAAUCAACUGCAACAUCUAAGAAUUACUAAAAUCAUAAAAGAUGUAUGUAUGAAGAACUUCAAAGGAACUGAAGUAGAAUUUGAAGCAAAUGUUAAAAAUUGGUUUAAAAACGGAAGUCAACGUCAAUCACGGGAAAAGCAAUAACAAUUUAAUUUGUUUAAAUUUUUAGUUACUU